AUGUCGUUUCAAAAACUCAGGUGGCGGCCUCAUACGUGUAAGACCCGGCGAAUGACUCCCAAGUUAUUGCGUAACCAGCUUCGCGACAAGUUCGUUCUCGUGUUCGGCGACAGCGUGGCGAAGAACUUCGCGGCGUCGGUGAUGUGCGUGCUGCACUCGUCCAGUUGGAACCUGACGGAACAAUUUCAGUUUGAAAAUCGGGGGAGUGUCGCACACGGCAUGAAGAUCCCUCGGUACAACAUCCGCGUCGCUUCAGUCACAUCCAACUUUCUCAGCAACGCCACCGCCCUCCCAACUACCUCCUCCCCCUCCCCCUCCCCUUGCCCCUCCCCAUCACCCUCCCGUUCCGCCUCCCCCUCCCCUUCCCCCUCCCCAUCGCCCUUCUUCGGAUCGCGAGUCAACCUGGACCAGCUACAAGACGACAUUCUCAAUCUCAUGCCCCUUGCAGACCUUGUCGUUUUCCAGGCGACCAACUGGUGGACCUCUCGCGCAAACAGAUUCUUUAUAGGAGACACCGAGUUAACUACAGUAUCCGUUACAGAGGCCUACGAGAUGGCCCUGCAGACGCUGAAAUCCUUUGUGGAGAGGGCACAGGAGCGGGCCUUUACAGGAACGGCUGUGCUGCUGGGGGCGUCCCCUACGCACUAUGAGCUGCCCCUGCCAGGUGUCCCUGGGGGGUCGUGCCAGGUCAACCAGAAGCUGACGUGGCUGCAGGCACAAGAGAUUCGACAGGGGGACACCAGUGUGGAGGGGUUUAGAGAGGUGGAGAGGCGGGUGCUGUCCGGGUCUGCUAUUCAAUACCUGGAUGUGGGGCCCAUGAGCGACUCACGACCCGAUGGACACAUACAGAACUGGAUGGAUCCAGGAGGGAUGGGUCCAUCCACGCGUGAUGAUUGUCGGCAUUGUCGCUUCGCUCUCAGUCCUGCGGUAGCUGAUCCUCCAAUGGCGACCCUUCAUCUUUCGCUACCCGUAGCCACGGCUCUGGUUAAUAGUCGUUUGAGUCGCGAUCACUUCAGACCGAGGAGACGAACAGUUACUGCUCAAGCCAGCGGGGACAGCACGUUCACGAGUCCCAAGGCGGGGGCUGUUGGGGUGAAGCGGCUGCAGGAGGGAGCUGCACCCGGCACAUACUACGGGCCCAAAAUCGACAACGGGAAGCCAAUCACUGUGGAGUUCGACCUUGGAUCUGAAACUAUCACAGUGGAGUCAAGGGAGGGCGAGAACCUGCUGCACCUAGCCGAGAGAUGUGGCGCCAUGAAGCCCUCUGAGGAAUUCUGCUUUGAGGGGACGUGCUGCCAUUGCGAGAUGGAGGUGGAGGGAGGAGCGAGUGAGGCAGGGUAUCGCGCCAUGGGUGGUUCCGACCUCAUUCGCAGCUGCAUCUGCCCGGUGCCGGGUCGUAACGGCGGCUCCCUUAAAGUGCGCAUUCUCAGUGAGGAGGACGCGUGGGGGGAUGGCGUUCUGUAA